AUGACAAAUAUGUUUUUACACUCAUGUCAACUGGAGGACGUUUAUCAGCGUAUGGAUCUAAAUAAAGAACGAGCGUCAGACGAACAAAUUAAUUUAACAACAAUAUUGACACCAUUUGAGUAUUCAAUGUUCGAUGAAUACGAAAAACAAUGUUUUACAGCCGAAUAUUUGUUUUUUUCUAUGUUGCCAGCCAUAAGUCGUUGUAGUCAGAAAUCAGGUAGUGCUAAAUCGCAGCAUAUUAGUGAAAUUAUUCACUCAGCAAAAGCUACACAAAAAUUAUUCUCAUCUACAUAUAUUACUACAUUUCCAGUUGGAAGAAAUAAUGGGAAACGAGAAGAAUCAUCCAUUGUCGAAGAGCCAAGUAUCUAUCGUUUUGCACAGAAUAAAGAUGGUCGGCCAUUACUUGAAAGAGAAAAUUAUAACGAAAAUGAUGUAUAUGAAUAUGAUCAAGAAAAUAAAAAUCAAGAUGAUUUAUUGUUAAAUAUAGUUUCAAUGCGUGAAUCAAUGUCAUUGACAUCACCUAAUUCUCCGCUUCAAAGAAAUGAAGAUGAAGACGGUACAAAUAAUAAGUUUAGUGCGUAUUAUUAUGUCUUCAAUACCACCGCUAACGAAACUGACACGAUACCAUAUGUUCAUACUCGACAUUAUCGUGAUAUUUUAGCGAAAGCAAAAUUCGAUGGCUGUCCUCGAAGCAUUGGAAGGAGAAUAUCAAUUUCAAGAUGGGAUCAAAACAGUGGAACAAUUCCAUUUGAAUUUAUUGAGAAAGUGAAAGAUAAAAUUAAUGAAAUGUUCCUUGCAAAAGCAAAAAUAAAUGAAAAUGGUUUAAAAAUCUUGUAUGUAACAAAAGACGUUUGUGUUGGUGCAAAAACAUAUUAUAAACAUUUACAAAACAUUUCGUUUGAGUUAUUUAAUAUAAAUGAAGGUGGUCUGCUUGAAGAAUCGCCAAUAUUAUCAGAAUCAACAAAACUAAAACAAAAUGCAUUCCCUUACGUAAUCCACCCUAUUGUCGUUGGCCAAGUUCGAUCAAAAAUAAAAAAGUACGGCUAUAAAGAAUUAUUGAAAUUGCAAUUUAAUAUAUUUAAUAAAUCAACGUUGAAUAGAAAUAGAAUAUUAGGAGAUGGACCAUUAAGAAAUAUUUCACCGGAUAUCAUUGAUCAAUUGUUAUUAGACUUGGGCCGCCGAGAUUUAUUGGUAAGAGGACUUGACAAAUGGAUCCAGGGUCAAACAGGUUCAUAUGAUAGUUGUAUGAGAGCGAAAUCGCCACCACCCGGAUAUGAACGAGAUCUGUUCGAAUCGCAUUUGUUGGUUUACAAUAUUCCAAUUGAAGAAUAUAACAACAAUCAACAACACUCAGAUGAACCUCCACUUCAAACAGUAUCUAAUUUACAGAGUGCUGAUCAGCUCGAUUCAUUUGCAAUAAAUACAUUAUUUUCAGGAGAUGAAACAACAACCGAGAGACAACAUCCGAGUUUAGUAAUUGAUAAAAAGAAACAUCCAUUUGUUGAUAUUAAUAGUCGGAAAAAUGACUUACUCCAGUACCUAUUGACAACAUUAACGAUUAACGGCGAAACAAUUAGAAGCUAUACCGUAUAA